CUCUCCGUGCUUUCAGACAGACUGUUUUGCUGCAGUGAACGGUAGCCGUGGAGAGAGGAAAAGGCAAGAAAAACAAGAAGACAGCGGAGGGCGGAACAAGAACCAAGACAGACAGAUCCAGUGGGACCUUAGCGUGAGCGCCAGCAGAACAUAGACCGGUCUAACACUCCCGGACCUACGGAGCCGACGGGCAUCACGAGGAGCGCAUAAAUCGCCGGCGCUUCCCUGAGUAUCUUCACUCCUUCGGGCCUCGAGAGGACCAUUAGCUUUAGCGCGCGGACGGAUGAGCGUGAUGCUCGCGCGUCUGACAUUCCUGUCAUUUCAGCGGUCUGCUGCCAUGGCGCUCGUGGCCUUGAUGCUCGUUUUUGCAACAUCCGUUCGGAGUAACUUCGUUUACGAAGAUGACCCCUUUCAGCCGGUGACCCAAGAUGAGACUGUGGCGGUGGGUGGGACUGUGACACUGACCUGCAGCGUGAAGGAUAACGAUAACUCAUCGCUCCAGUGGUCAAACACGGCCCAGCAGACCCUGUACUUCGGAGAGAAGAGAGCACUGAGAGAUAACCGUAUCCAGUUGGUUCAGUCUACGGGCACAGAGCUGAUAAUCACCAUCUCAGAUGUUCAACUGUCCGAUGAUGGAGAGUACACCUGUUCAAUCUUUACUAUGCCUGUACGGACGGCACGGGCCACCGUUACUGUUCUUGGUGUCCCAGGUAAGCCAGUGAUAACAGGCUUUGAAGAUCCUGUCCAGGAAGGCAGCAAAGUGACUCUCACCUGCACAAGUUCGGGGAGCAAACCUCCUGCCAAACUACACUGGUACAGAGGUCAAGAGGAGAUACAAGGACGUCCUGAUGUCGUGGAGUCCAACCCUGAUGAACCGUCCUACACGGUAACCAGCGAGCUCACGUUCACAGUCACCCGGGACGAUAAUGACGCCCUGAUCGCCUGUGCCGUAGAUCACCCAUCCAUCGCCAACGGAGACAAACAGACAGAGCAACCUCUCAACGUCUUGUUUACUCCAAGCGUGUGGAUUCAACCUGAGAAUGACCUACCCCGAGAAGGAGAGAAGUUUUUCUUACAAUGCGUUGGGAACGGAAAUCCAGAGCCCUCUACGUUCGAGUGGGAUAAGAAAGACGGAGAGCUCCCCCCGCAGGUGAAGGUGGAUGGUGCGUUCUUGCGCUUUGAAUCCCUUAACAAGACGGAUAAUGGCAUUUACCUGUGCCAAGCUGAUAAUGGGAUCGGCAGGGGGGACGGGUCGUACGCUCUCCUGGUGCAAGAUUCAGACCUCUUUGGUUUCACCUCGCCUUCUUCCUUUCUUGCACUCACAUCUUCAUCUCAUCCUUCCAUUUUUACCUCAAGUGAAAGUGAAACGUUCCCCUCCACCACCACUGCUGUUCCUACAUCUACUCCAUCCAUCUCCUUCACUUUCACUACUUCACCUCCAACCUCCCCCACACUGCCUCCUUCUUCUAAAAUUCCCACCACCUCUCUUUCCAAUGAACUCUUUCCAGAUCUCUCUUCUGUUCCCACCCGCAUGCCUGUGUCACCCCCAUCCUCUACCCCUGCCACUCCAUCAUCUGUCUCCCAGCUAAAUGGAGUUCGCACUUUUACAGAAGCUGAAGAGCUCCCCGCAGACCCCACAGCGAUCUCCACCUCUUUGGGUGUGGACCACGCAGUGAUUGGUGGAGUGGUGGCUGUCAUUGUCUUCAUCCUGCUUUGUCUUCUCAUUGUCCUUGGCAGAUACUUAAUCAGACACAAAGGAACAUACCUAACUCACGAGGCGAAAGGUUCUGAUGACGCCCCUGAUGCAGACACAGCCAUCAUUAACGCCGAGGGUGGCCACUCUGGGGUAGACGACAAGAAAGAGUACUUCAUCUAGUGAUCCAUCCCUCCGCUCUACCUUCAAACGCUUCAGUUCACUCAGUUUGGCGGGGAAAACAGGGGAAUGGCAGAGAAGAGAGGAAUACGUGAGAGAGAGAAAAAAAAUCAAAAACAAAGCGUUGACCUGUUGGAACUGAAGAACCUCAAAUAAUCUUCAACACACAGGACAGGAAAGUGACGGACAUGCACUGGCGCGUUGGCUCAUUUUUAAACAAACAAACAAACACACACAUUUGGGUUCAUAAACUGAUUUUAUCCACUGACACACACACACACACCACCCUAAUCAAACACGCAUAACAAAACAUGAUAAAAGAGGUACACAAAGGCAAUAUGACAGUGACCACUCUUCUCUCAUUUCCCAUGAUUCCUUUCAAACAGUCCGGAUCAAACACACAAGCGUUGUGGCACGUGCGCAGUGACGUGCAUGCAUGAACUUUUGGGACGUGUGGUCUGCAUCUAAACCCAUUGAAACAAACACACAGACUUACAGUCGGCAUGCAUACAUACACACACUGAAAAAGCGAUUAAUACAUGUAAUCGAAUGAUGCUACCCUGCAAUAUCACUGACUGACCCAAACACGGAUACGCUCAUAUGUCACCUCAGCGUCACGCUAUUAUGCAUUUACCUUCAACUAAUGCACACAUACCUAACUAACACACACACAUACAGAAGCAGGCAAAAAAACAGCAGCCCCUUCAACUAUUGUGUGAGCCCCAAUAUACGGUAAAUUUAUAAAUACAUAUACAGUAUAAGAUUAUAUAGCAUCAUUUUUACUCAGUGUGCUGUAAAUAUAUUCUCCUUCUCUCUCUUUAUCUCUCUGUCUCUCUUUCACUGUCUGAUAUUGCAGUAUAUACUCUCUGAGCCUGCCUGGUUUUCUUACAUGCGUGGAAAUGCCGAGUUGAUAAAAAAAUAUCUGGACUGUAGAAAAAAAAACAUGGUGUUAUGAAAAUAUUUGUAUGAAUUAUGUUCUCUUCUUCGAGUUUAAUUUCUGAGUUGUUAACUGUUGGUGCAACAGUCUUGUGUCAUCUCAUCGACCUGGGAAGAUUUAUAUUGUUAUUAUUUUUUAUUGCAAGGUUCUUCUCAAUCAAAAUGCAUUACAUGAGUUGUGCACUGAUGUUUCGUUGUAUUAGAUUAAAUGCUUAGCUCACUCGUGCCACCUUCAGGAAUGAAUCUACAUUAGAAAAAGCAGGGUAACACAAAACCAGACUACUGCUGUCUUUCUUUCUAUUUCUCCCUAUUUCUGCGUCAUUAUUUGCUGCUUCUCCCUUCCGGACAUAGAUCUAGAUUUCUCUAGACUUGUAACAUCGUAGUAAUGUCACGUAAAAGCCAUGUUGCUUUUUGGAAGGGGGAUGGAGUCGCCUACAUCAUGCAAUAAACCGAGGCAGUUUGAUCUAAUAAAAACUAGUUAAUUGUUUCCUUAACCGAGGACAAUCUGGUGUGUUUAAUCUGUUAUGUAUAAAUUAGUCAUUAUGGAGAAGUUUUGCAUGACUAAAAAUCCAGCUGUUUUCCCUCAAGAUGUGGCCAGCUGUCAUCUUUAUGUCACUUAUUACAAUUCUAGUGUUGGAGCUGUGGCUCAGUUGGUGAGAAAAUCACUGGCAUUGUUUUUUUUUAGAUGGAUGUUUGAGUCUGGCUUUUGACAUUUUCAAGCCAAGUUCCCCUUUUCUCUUAGUAACAUUUCUUGCCCUAAAAAUGGCAACUGGCCAAAAAUAAAUAAUUAGAGAAACUUGUCUCUGUAGAAGAGUGACGGGUAUGUUGGUAACUAGGAAACUGAGUUGGCUGGAAGUGAUUCACAAUUCUGAAUUAAAUUGAUUUGCCCCAUAUAAAAGUUCAGGUUGUGGUCACUACUAAGUUUUAAUUUUUGUUUGAAUGCAAUCACAGAGAUAAAUUAGAGGUCACAAUUAUAACCAAAAACUGUCCUCUGCCUUCAGAUACCCUUCACAUACUGUACCUCAUUAAUGUAAUGAGUUUCUGAGAGACGCGGUUACAAAAGUCUGCCACAAGGUGUCAGUAACGCAUUUCUUUUCCCCCUACUCUCUCUCUCUCUCUCUCUCUCUCUCUCUCUCUCUCUCUCUCUCUCUCUCUCUCUCUCUCUCUCUCUCUCUCUCUCUCUCUCUCAAGCAGUAGUACUUCCAGUUAGUGAUGAUAAAUCAGUCAAUGCUAUUUUUAAGUUAUAUUGUUUAAUUUUGUUCUACUGUAGAUGUGCAUACUGUUGUUUAUGUUGAUGUCUCAAACUGGAAGGUGUAGAAAAGUUUACAUUACUUUUAAAUUGCAUUUAAAAUUCUGACAUUUUCUUAUUAUUUCAAAUACAUAGUCUUGAUAACAGCACCCUAUGUGAGCUCAGACACUGGCACACAUAUUUUGUGAACGUGUCUGUGUUUGUGUGUGCGAGAUUUUCCCAACAGCCCAGCAAAGAGAUGCAGGAAACCCUCAACGUAUUAUAAUGUUCUGUUGAUGAUGUUAAUUUUUUUUAAUGAUAAGUCUUCCUUUUGAACAAAAAAAUCAUAUCACGUGAAGCUAUUUUGUCAUGUAUGUUGGUUUGUAUUAUGGCCGAUGAUGCCAUCUGAACGGGACUGAACAUCAUCAUCAUUGUGGGUUCCGUUUGUUUGAUGGUCUGUUUAAACAGUAUUCGCUUUUUGUUACAAAAAAAAGAGAUCCCUUGUUAACUUCAAAAUAAAUAAACAUUUGGGUUAACCUCA